UGUCUCCUGCCUGCCGCAGUGAGAGAAUUACCCUCACUUCUCUCUAUUUCUCCCGGGAGUGACGUCGUUAGGCAGCACUUAGUGGCGGAGGAGCGGUGGUUUUGCCUGGGGGCCUCGACUAUGAUCAGAUCAGAUGAGCCCCUCUGAAUCCUGUUGCACUCUGGCUUAGAGAAGACAGUGGAGAGAAGAAGAGGGAGUCAGAGUUCCAUGUGGCUAUCUUCCAUCAACCCCCCUGCCUAUUCCCCUCCAGGAAAAAGGAGUCAGUUGCAGAGUGGAGGAAAACACAAGACUGUGAAAGAAAACAAGAAAACGUCAAAAGACUCAUCUUGAAGGAGGGAGAGAAACACCAACUGGGCGAGAGGAGGGGCUGCCUCAGCCAUGGGCAAACAGAACAGCAAGCUACGGCCGGAGGUGUUGAAUGACCUGCGUGAGAACACAGAGUUCACUGACCACGAGCUCCAGGAGUGGUACAGAGGCUUCCUAAAAGACUGCCCCACGGGCCACCUGACUGUGGAUGAGUUCAAGAAGAUCUAUGCCAACUUCUUCCCGUACGGGGACGCCUCCAAAUUUUCCGAGCACGUCUUCCGCACGUUCGACACCAACGCAGACGGGACGAUAGACUUCAGGGAGUUCAUCAUCGCGCUGAGCGUAACAUCACGAGGCAAGCUGGAGCAGAAGCUCAAGUGGGCCUUCAGCAUGUACGACCUGGAUGGGAACGGCUACAUCAGCCGUGCGGAGAUGCUGGAGAUCGUACAGGCCAUCUACAAAAUGGUGUCCUCUGUCAUGAAGAUGCCAGAAGACGAGUCCACACCUGAGAAGAGGACAGACAAGAUCUUCAGACAGAUGGACUCAAACAAUGAUGGUAGGCUGUCCCUGGAGGAAUUCAUCAAAGGUGCCAAGAGUGACCCGUCAAUAGUCCGCCUGUUACAGUGUGACCCCAGCAGUGCCAAUCAGUUCUAAACACACACUACUUUUAAGCCCACUGUCACAUGACUAUGGAGAUUAUAUAAAUAUUGUAAUUAUCAUCAGUGUUGUUUUGAAGAUCGUUUGAUUUGUACUGUUACAGUUUCAUUUCAAUCCAUAGGAGGAUAAUGUUUAUAAAAUGUAAUCAUUUUCAUAUUGUAUUUUACUGUAAAUGUAAUGUGUCCAUAAGUAUGUUUUAGUAUUCUGAUAGUGUUUGUUGUGCAACAAUGACAUCCAGAAUGAACUGAGGUAUUGCAUAUACAGUAUCAAGCCCCUGAGAAAGGCCAAGGCCCAAUGAGAAAGGCCCAAGGCCCCUGAGAAAGAACCAAGGCCCCUGAGAAAGAACCAAGGCCCCUGAGAAAGAACCAAGGCCCCUGAGAAAGAACAAAGGCCCCUGAGAAAGAACAAAGGCCCCUGAGAAAGAACAAAGGCCCCUGAGAAAGAACAAAGGCCCCUGAGAAAGAACAAAGGCCCCUGAGAAAGAACAAAGGCCCCUGAGAAAGAACCAAGGCCCCUGAGAAAGACUUACAAGACUCUUUGUUGCCAGAUAACGACAAAUGUUAUAUUUAUUCUGUUUUAUUGCAAGAACAUUUUGUUAAAAAUCACCAUAAGUUAGGUUUUAUGCCCUGUGCCUUUGAAUGUGUGGCUAACUGAUCCAACCCACUUCCGCUAGCAUUGCUAGAAUUUAAAAAAAUGCUAGCCAGGAGAAUCUGGACAUUGCUUAAUAAACAGCUAACAAUGGUUGGGAGGAAACAACAAUAGGGAAAGAUGAGAAUAAAACUUCUAAAUAAUUACUUUAACCUCCAAAACACAGGGGUUUGGCUUGAACUGUGUCUGUAAAAACUAAUAGUACCUCUAAUGCUGUUUUGCUGAGUGUUGAGUUUUGUGACGUGACAAAACGUUCCUAUACCUACUGCCAAGUUUGUGUUUGUAGAAUUUUAAAUAAAGUAUACUGUUAUGUCAAAAACC